AUGUCAUUCCUCCUAGCGUCACUCAAAUCCCCAGCUAACAAUGAAAACCCACCUGCCACGACUGAACGAGCUCCAGAAACACUGACAUCGGCAGAAAAGAAGCCACAUUCAGGUAUCAUGCCAGAUGUCUCACACCCCACGGAAUGGUCUCCGCCCGACGACAGGAGACCGAACCUCCAGGCUGUCUUGGAUGAGAGUAUGUUAACCGACCAAAACGGCGAGGUGAGACAUUUAGGCCAUGGGAGGUCGACAGCGCGGUCACAAUCGAGCUUCAUGAGACCUUUAUCCCUCCUUCAUAGGCGGGGGUGUUAG